AUGGAUCCCAAAAAGGCAAAUAUUCUGACAAAGAACAUCAACAAAAUUGUGCAACAGUUUGAGCUAACCCCUCAGUUUUGGAGUGAGCUUGAAAAAUCUGAAAUUUUCCCCUCAGAAUACACUGACUUCAUGAAGAAAGAAGACACUGACGAUGAAGAAAACAAAAAGAAGAAUAUAAUCAUUGAUUUGAAGCGGCGAGAUUCACUGUGUUACGAAAAGUUCUCUAACAUUCUGCGAACUUUGUGCAAGUCGGACAUUCUUUACCAGUAUUUACAGUGCCACGAAAAAGAUGCAUAUCCAAUUGUAUCAGAAGUACCGGGGACUUGUUUGAUCAUAAACAACAAAGAAUUCGUGCGGUGCGAACUACGUGAGGGCUCAGAAAAUGAUGUGGAAAUGUUUAAAACUUUAUUCGAGCGCAUGAACUACGAUGUUAUUUGCGAGAAGAACGUGACUCGAGAUAGUCUGCUUAAACUGCUAAAGAACAAGUCAAAAGAUAAAGCACUUGAAAAGCAUGACAUUUUUGUAGCAAUUAUAAUGUCUCAUGGAAUAUCCGAUCAUGUAAUAACGUCAGACAACCAAUAUGUCUCCUACGACGAGAUUCUAAAGAUCUUCAACAACAAAGAUUGCUCUAACUUGAAGGAUAAACCAAAGAUUUUCAUUUUUAAUAGUUGUCGAUCAAAGCUUCACCCUGAUGAUUCAGAUGAUUUUAAGAGUCAAUUCAAGUUUGUUGAUGCCGAAGACUCAAGCACAAAAACUAACCAUACUUUUAGCGACAUUCUUAUUGUAUUUUCUACUUUAAAUCAUUAUCUAUCAGUCCGAGAUGAAGAAUCAGGAACACUGUUUGCUAAAGCAUUCACCGAAGCGAUGAAGGCCAAUUGGAACGAAGAUGUGUGCACGAUUGUCACUAAAGCCAAUAAUAUUCUGAAUGGACUGGUGAAAAAUAACCCAAAGAACAAAGUUGAGCAAGGCCAGACGAUUGAACAGCGAAAGUUAGGUCAUCAAAAAAAUUUUUACUUUUCCAAACUGAAUUGGCAACAGUAA